AUGUUUGUGAACGACGGCUGCUUCGGUGAUGAGGGCGCAGAGGGUGCCCCCUUAAGGGAGUUUUCGCUGGCAAGACUGUUUGAGAUGUGUGUUGUGACUGUCGAAGGUGGUUGUUAUGCCCUCUUACAAGCCAUCCCUGUUGUGCUCGGAGACCUCUGCAUCAUCUUCCACAGCAUGAAAAAGAGUUUCGCAGGAGUGAUUGCUCAAGAUCGGUUUGCCCUCCCCUCCUCACCUCCGAAUCAUUGUGUUGUUGCAGGUCAGUGGUCCGGCCCUCCUUCCACAACAGUUGUGGACCUACCACCUGGGCUCCGGCGCUUUGUGAUUCCUCCACAUGCAAUACAGGAGCUUCCCACGGCAGGAAUCAUUCCAGGAUUGCCAUGGAUAGAUCUGCAGAUGCCGCCAAAAUCGGACUUUCUUGAGGAAGAGCCAGCAGGCAAGAAUGGUCCUGAGGCAAACAUCCCUGCAGCUGUUGAAUGCAUAAAGCGAACCUAUCAACCCAGUGUCCUGGUUCGAAAGCGGCGCCAUGGCUUUCUGUCCAGGAUGAGGACCAAGUCAGGAAGGAGAGUUGUUCGAAGACGAAGGGCCAAGGGGAGAUGGAAUAUCACAGCAUAG